AUGGCGAUAGACCGGCGGCGCGAGGCGGCGGGCGGCGUCCCUGGGCGGCUGCCGCCCGCGGCCGAGGAGAACGGCGCCCUGCCGCCCGGGGACGCGGCGGCCUCGGCGCCCCUCGGGGGACGCGCGGGCCCGGGCGGCGGCGGCGACAUCCAGCCGCUGCCCGCCCCGCACGCCGCCGGCGGCCCGCACCCGAGCCUCCUGUUGCUGGACUACGACGGGUCGGUGCUGCCCUUCCUCGGGGGCCUGGGCGGCGGCUACCAGAAGACCCUUGUGCUGCUCACCUGGAUCCCGGCGCUCUUCAUCGGCUUCAGCCAGUUCUCGGACUCCUUCCUCUUGGACCAGCCCAACUUCUGGUGCCGCGAGGACGGCAAGGGCGCCGACCCGGCUGGGGUCACGGCCCGGGGGGGCGGCGGCGACCUGGCCAACUGGACCAGCCCCCCGACCACCCCCUUCUCCACCGCCGCCUGGGGGACGGCGGGCCCCCUCGGCAACGGCAGCGGCGCGGAAGGGAGCGACGCGCCGCCCCUGCCGUCCCCUCCGGACAAGGGGGACAACGCCUCCAACUGCGACUGCCACGCGUGGGACUACGGCCUCCGCACAGGCCUGGUACAAAACGUGGUCAGCAAGUGGGAUCUUGUGUGUGAUAAUGCCUGGAAGGUCCAUGUCGCUAAGUUCUCCUUACUGGUUGGAUUAAUCUUUGGCUACCUGAUAACUGGAUGCAUUGCUGACUGGUCCGGCCGGCGGCCCGUGCUGCUCUUCUCCGUCAUCUUCAUCCUCGUCUUUGGACUGACCGUGGCGCUGUCUGUGAACGUGACCAUGUUCAGCACACUCAGGUUCUUUGAAGGAUUCUGCCUGGCUGGAGUGAUUCUCACCCUGUACGCACUACGCAUAGAGCUCUGCCCCCCGGGAAAGCGGUUCCUGAUCACAAUGGUGGCGAGCUUCGUGGCCACGGCGGGGCAGCUCCUCAUGCCCGGGCUGGCCGCCCUGUGCCGGGACUGGCAGGUGCUGCAGGCCCUCAUCAUCUGCCCCUUCCUGCCCAUGCUGCUCUACUGGUCGAUCUUCCCAGAGUCCCUGCGGUGGCUCAUGGCCACCCACCAGUUUGCAUCGGCAAAGAAGCUAAUCCUGCACUUCACACAGAAGAACCGCAUGAACCCCGAGAGCGACAUCAAAGGCGUGAUGCCUGAGCUGGAGAAGGAACUUUCCCGGAGGCCCAAGAAGGUCUGCAUCGUGAAGGUGGUGGGAACCCGCAACCUGUGGAAGAACAUCGUGGUGCUGUGCGUGAACUCGCUGACCGGCUUCGGGAUCCACCACUGCUUCGCACGCAGCAUGAUGGGCCACGAGGUGAAGGUGCCACUGCUCGAGGACUUCUACGCCACCUACUACACGGCGGCCGGCAUCGCCCUGGCGUCCUGCCUGGCCGUGUGCCCGGUGGUGCGGCUCCUGGGGCGCCGGGGAGGCCUGCUGCUCUUCGUGAUCCUCACGGCCCUGGCCUCGCUCCUGCAGCUCGGGCUGCUCAACCUGAUCGGAAAAUACAGCCAGCAUCCAGACUCAGGAAUGAGCGACAGCGUCAAGGACAAGUUCUCCAUCACCUUCUCCAUCGUGGGCAUGUUCGCCUCCCAUGCAGUGGGGAGCCUCAGCGUGUUCUUCUGUGCAGAGAUCACUCCCACGGUAAUAAGGUGCGGCGGCCUGGGGCUGGUGCUGGCCAGUGCGGGCUUCGGCAUGCUGACGGCGCCCAUCAUCGAGCUGCACAACCAGAAGGGCUACUUCCUGCACCACAUCAUCUUUGCCUGCUGCACGCUCAUCUGCAUCAUCUGCCUCCUGCUGCUUCCCGAGAGCCGGGACCAGAACCUGCCCGAGAGCAUCCCCGACGGCGAGCACUACACGCGCCAGCCCCUGCUGCCGCCCAGGCGCGGGGAGCAGCCCCUGCUGCUGACCAACGCCGAGCUCAAGGACUACUCGGGGCUGCACGAUGCGGCCGCCGCGGGCGACGGGCUGCCGGACCGUGCCACGGCCAACGGCAGGCGGCCCAUGUAGCAGGGCC